CAUCUCAGUUCCAAGGUUCUGACUUUUUAUGUAAAAGAAAAAAAUAGUAGCUACAUAAGUGAGUAAUAGUAGCUAUAGGCUAGUAAUACAGCUGGGAAGUAUUAUAGUUUAUAUUCUCAAGGAAAUAUUUGAGUUCCCACGUCUCAUCUUUGCUCCCCAAGUCUGUAAAUUUCAAGAUUCAAGCAUUAUAGUUUAUGUUCAUUCACUUCCUAUCUUCUUCUUCAUUUUGCUGCCUAAGUCUGUAAAGCUCAUCUCUUUUUAUAUUCUUAUUCUUUUUAUUUUUACCACUUAGAGCUAUGCAAACAGCAAGAGCAAGAGGCGGAUUUGCACAAAAUUGGGGCGGAUUUGCGCAUAAUCUUUUCUCAUCUUCCUCCUCAACACAUCCCAGAUGGGUUCUGUCUUUUUUAUUUUUAUUUAUUUAUUUAUUUUUUGCUCUUGACUGCAGUUUAGAAAUAUUUGAGAGAAAGGAUUGUUUGUAUUUGGAGGGAAAAUGGGUUAGGGAUGGGCCGAAAAUUAUAUUUGGAGGGAAAUUUUUUUAUUUUAUUUUAUUUUUGCUUUUGACUGCAGUUUAGAGAUGUUUGAGAGAAAGGAUUGUUUGAAUUUGGAGGGAAAAUGGGUCAGGGAAAAUGGGAAUGAAAAAAACACCUAAUAUAACGGAUUUUGUAGUCCCAUGAUGAGCAUGAUCCCAUGUCUUUCUCCGUCAUUACUGCCAAUUAUAUAUCACUCAUCAUCUCUCUCGUUCUUUCUCACAUACCCGCUAAACCUGCAGAUUCACUGCCGCUGUUCAGGUAUUUUUUUUCCUUUACUUCUGGUUAAUUUUGUUCUUAGUGUUCUCAAGUUCUCAACUUAUUAUAAUAGGAAAAUUGUUAAAAAGUGGCAUAAAUUUUAUUACUUAUUAGUUGGCCUGAGAAUAGCUUUUUAAUCGACAUCACUUGAUCAACAAUAUAAUAUAAUAUCCAAAUUCUAAAAUUUACUUUUUAUUCUUACCUUAAUUUAUUUUGAUUUUCUCCAAUUAUAGUUGUUUUCAUGAGUCGUCAUGGUCAAAACUGAUUGGUUCAAAAUUGAUCCUUCGGUGGGUUGGGGAUAGUUCAAUAUUUAUAGUCAACUACACGUAGAAAAUAGAUUUAUUUAAAUGUGGACAUUUGGGAUCUUUUUUCUUUUUUUCUUUUUCCUUCAAAUGGGUUUCUAAAGUAAUCUUUUGUUUAUGGUGAUAAAUGAUGAUACCAAAAAUGUUAAUUGUUUGAACUUUUAUUUAGUUGGCUCAAUAAUUAAAGAAAAAUUGUGUCUAGUUCCUUUUCAUGGGGAUGGAAGAAGUUCACUGGUAAAAGUUCUUUGGUCACUAACAAUCUUCUCUCGACAGAUAUGGAAAGCAUUUUGUUUUUUGGUUUUUGUUUAUAUUAUAACUGAAAAAAAAGAGUAGAAGGAAAUGAUUAGAGUGACUUUUUUUUAUCUAGAUGUUGUCAUUGUAGUAUCCUACUAGCUUUGUGAAUUCUAAUCCUUACUUCACCUAAGAUUUUCUUUUGGGAAAUUAAGUUCCAUCACCUAAGAAAGAACCAGAGACUCUUUUGUUUGGAUGUCCAUGUUGUGUAUCCAUUUAAAUUCUUUUUCUUUAAGUCCACUAUGAAUGAUUUGUUUUUUAGAUAAGUGAUAUUUCGUUUGUGUUAAUGGUUUUUCAUUUGCUUUAAAUUCUUUUACUUUAUUUGCUUUACAAUGAUUGUUUUUCUUUGUCAAUUAUAUUAUUUGUUGGCUUCCUCUCUCUCUGUCAAUAUAUAUUAGUUUUUGGCCCCCCAAGAAGAAUGUCUCCACCUGAUGGACCAUCACAUGAGAUGAUUGUCCCUACUGCAUCUGUUAAUAUGCCCAACAAACGGAAAAGAGGUAGAAAUCUAUGCACCAAGUUUAAAAAAUUGAGGGAAAAUGGACUCGUUCCGAUAACCAUCCCUCCAGGGGCCAAAGGACCUGUGGGCGAAAAUGCUGGUGUGUUUACAAGAAAGGUGGGCUUCAUCGUUCGUGAACAUGCGAACCUUAGCUAUGAAUCUUGGUCUAAGGCCCCACAAGAACACCGACAAAUGUUGAUGAAUCGUUUGGUGGCUGAUUUCACGUUGGACUCAAAUCGCGUUGAGGAUAAGAUGUGUAUGGAGAUUUCAUUGUCAAGUUGCUAUAAUAAUGUUCGGAGUAACUAUUACAAGGAGUACUUGCCAUUUAGUAAGGAGAAAGUGAGGGCCAAUGUUCCACCAGAUUUGACACAGGACAAAUGGGAUGCUUUAUGUGAUCUAUAUGAAACAACCUCAUGGAAGAAAAAGUCCGACCGGAAUAAGGAGAACAGAGGAAAGAACAAAACUGGUCACACUUGUGGAUCCAAAUCAUUUAUUGCUUACUACGAAGAGAAAAAACAAGGUGGUAAAGAGAUUGGAAAAGUGGAUUUUUAUAAGAUGACCCGCACAAAGAAAGAUGGUUCUUUUGUGACUACUGCCAGUGAAGAUAAUUACCUAAUGAUAGAAAAAGUAGCUGAAGAAGAGAACCAAAGCACUGAGGAGGAAAUUUUUACAGAAGUGCUAGGGGCAAGGCAAGGCUUUGUAAGAGGGAUGGGGGAAUUUGUGAUUCCGACCCCAACCCCUUCUUCUCAUUUGCGAUAUGAGACAAGCAUGAAUAUGGAGUUGGAAACCUGCAAGCAAGAUUUGUCCAAUACGAUGCUAAAACUGUCCGAUGCGGAGCAAAAACAGGGUGAGUCAGAUCAAAAACUUGCUGAAACACAAAACCAAGUGGCACAGUUGCAGAGUCAGGUAGAGGAACAACGUUAGCAACUAGCUAUACUGAUGGCAAGGUUUGGUAGCUAGUCUAUAAGGUGAUUAGUUUAUUAAUAUUUGAGACUUUGUUAUUACUUGAUGAAGACUUUGUUAUUACUUUAUGAUGAACUUGUUAUUACUUUAUUAGUAUUUGAGACAAUAGAUUGGAAUUAAAAUUAUGUAUGUGACAUUGAACUUGGGAAUUUUUUUUCCUUAU